CAAGCAGCUAAAAAUGUUGCCACUAUUUUGGGUGACUCUACUAGUCUUCGCCAGAGCUACGGCGGAUAAUAAAACAUUGUCGAUACAGCCCAGGAUAUUCAACGGUCAAGAAACGAGCAGCGGUACCCUUGGCGGCAUUGGUGUCCAGAUAUUCUAUCUGAAGAAGCUCGUCUGCUCUGGCACGAUCCUCUCGACGCGACACAUUCUGACGGCUGCCCACUGCUUUGACGUUGGUAACCUGCAGUGGUUCCACGUGGUGGCGGGCAAUACGAAAGAGUACGAAGGCCACACGAAGACCUCAACGAAGAACGUGCUCAUAAAGAUCAAGAUUCAUCCCGACUAUAAUAAAGAGAAGUUCAUAGGUGACAUAGCCGUGGCCAAGACCCUCUUGGUGUUGAAGAGCAAUCGCGUUGGCUAUGCCACCAUCUGUCACUCCCAGCUGUUUCACAAGGAAUUUGUCACCGUAGCCGGCUGGGGCAUUGAUGGCAGAACCGGACUCGGAGUUCGCAAUAGACUGCACACCAUGCGAGUGCCAAUCGUGGAUAGGAUGCCCUGCGAGAAAGCCAUUGGCCGCACCAUUCCGAAAAAUGUGAUCUGCGCCGGCGGCUACGAGCAUCGCACCCUCUGCAAGGGUGACUCUGGCGGACCCCUGUUGCUUAUGAACGAGGUGUGCGGCGUCGGCACCUGGACAUAUGAAUGCGGGGAAUCCUCAAAGCCCGACGUAUUCAUGAGUGUCAAGUUCUAUGCAAAGUUUAUCAAAAACACAAUGAAAAGUUUGGGCUACUAAAGGAA